AGUUACAGUGUGUUAUGUGCCAAGUGUCAGAGGGGAAGCCAUAUUAGUCUGUAUCUACAAGACUGUGGCUGUAGGAAGACUCCUUGUUGUUUUUAGUGUAUUCCAUGUCUGCUCAAAUUCUAUUCCCAAUCUUUCUGAUCAUACUGGGGCUAAUGGACAUGUUGAUUUUAUUUCAGCUAAUGAGUGAUCCCAUGCUCAGGGAGAAAAAGUUCCUUAAGAGUGUCUUACGCGUCUUGGAAGAAAGGUCACAGGAUAGGAACAGCAUUGUCCGUCAGAUGGCUGUAAGAGGCCUGGGAAAUAUAGUCGAUGGGGCGCCUCAGAAGGUGAAAAAGCACAAGAAGUUUCUUCUGGACAUACUGAUCGGGGCCUUACAUGACAUUUUCAGUUCUAAAGUCAUUGGCGAGAGCAUGAAUGCACUGGCCAAAGUCCUGAAGCAACUGAAAGAGAAGGACAUCGGUUCUUCCUUCAGAGACCUCACCCAACAGAUCCGGACCUACUUUGACGAUGAGGAUGAUGCUCUUCGCUCAGUGGCCUUUGUCCUGUUUGGCAUCCUGGCUCAGUUGACAAAGAAAAAAUGGAAGGCCUAUUUCACCGAGCAGGUUCGAAAGAGCUGGGUCACGCUUCUGCUGCACCUGCAAGACCCAAACCCCCAGGUUUCAAUGAAAUGCAGAGCUACAUUUCACCUCUGUUUCCCGUUUUUGGGACUGAAGAGACUCCAACAUGUGAUUAAUAAGCACCUUGAUGACACAGCCAAGCUGAAUCCUACAGAACUCCAGGAGGACAUUUGCAGACACCUUGCCAAAGAGAACUUAGAACUGCUGGAGAACUUAUACAAAACCACCCUCACGUACUUCUACAGCAGCUUGGAAGGGAUCCGGGCAGCUGCCGCCAAGUUAGCUGGCAUCAUCCUGGAACACAUAGAAAUGCACCUUAUGAAAUGGCUGUACCGGGGAUAUCUGCUGAUGUAUCUCCAGGUCCUAGAGAAAGAUCCAAGUCCCACUGUCCAGCUGGUGGCAACUGAGAUCAUAAGUGACAUCCGUUCUGGUGGAGUCCUUGAGAAAUGAAGCGGAACGGAGACAAACAAAACAAGGCGCUCCAGUAGUAUAAGGGCCCUACCAUUAAUCAAAUGUUAAUCCCACCCCUUGACCAAAUAAGCCCUGCCCACCGGUCAGCAGAAGACCCACCCCAUGGGGUAUUACUUCUGGGGCCAAGGCGGACACAUGACCAGAAGCAAUAUGUGUCAUGUGACCCCUCUAAGAAUUCCUCUCACUGUCCUCUACCAAUCAGGAUGGGUUUCGCCCCAAUAGGAAUGUCCCGAGAGAAGGUUUGACCAAUCAGGGGGAGCUCCGGGGCGGGUGACCUGUCUGGAAGUGAUUUGUGUGACCCCUCUAAGAACUCCUCCCACCGCCGUCUACUGAUCAGGAGGGGUUUCAGCCACUGGGGAUCACCCCAAGAGGAGAUUUGACCAACGGGGGGGAAUUCUGGGGUGGGGUGACCCAUCCGGAAGUGCUUCAUGUGACCCCUCUAAGAACUCCUCCCACCACCCUUUACCAGUUGUGAUGGGUUUCAGCUGCAGAGGACUGCCCCAAGAGGAGAGUUGACCAAAAUAGGGUAGGUUCUCGGAAGGAGUGAACCGCCCAGAAGAGGGUCAUGUGACCCCUCUAAGAACUCUUUCCAAUGUCCUCUGCCAGUCAGAGUGCAGCACAAUCACCCCAUAAAUCCCAGCGCUGGGCAGAGGAGGCCAUCUCUUACCAAGGAGACAUGUUUUAUGAAUUAUGGAAAGGCUGAGAGGAGACAUGGACUCCUUUACCACCCCCCUGAGAACUUCGGACUUUGUUUAGCCCUGAGGACCUUU